AAGAUGAAUUGUUGCACCACGGGUGACGUCACGCCUGUUGUUUCGGAUGACGUUGAGAGAAGCAGGCCGCACGCGCAUAGCAGGAACCUGCCCUGUCAAGGUUUUUGUGGAUCAAGGUCGUCGAUUUCUCCGCAAUCACACGAAAAUAAGGGAUCGCCCUCUCCCGUCCCCCUUACCCCCUUCUAAAACAGCAUGGCUCAGGAGACAAAUCAGACGCAAGUGCCAAUGCUUUGCACUAUGGGAUGCGGUUUUUAUGGUAACCCUCGCACCAAUGGAAUGUGCUCUGUCUGCUACAAGGAACAUCUGCAGAGACAACAAGGAGGGGGCAGAAACAGUCCCCCAGGUGAGAAAGGUGCCACAUCUCCUGUAGGUUCCCCAGGGGCAUGUGCGGUAACAGUGGAGUCCACCCCUGUACUCACUACGGAAGCCGUUACCCCACCUGAAGAACGCACGUCUAGUAGUUCGCCCAGCCCAGUAACCCAGCAGAUGACUGCUAUGAGCAUCUCCCAGGACACGUCAACCACUGAUUCAGACAGAGCAGAAGUGGAGGAGGAAGAGGAGGAGGGCUCGUCUAAAAGCACAGGGCCAGAAGGUGAAGCUGCACAGGCUUCUUCAGACGGAGAGCAGACUCCUGACAAGAACAAAAAGAAGAAUCGAUGCUUUAUUUGUAGGAAAAAAGUUGGCCUCACGGGCUUUGACUGUCGCUGCGGUAACCUGUUUUGUGCUGUCCACCGUUAUUCUGACAAACAUGACUGUCCCUACGACUACAGAGGAGCCGCUGCCGCCCGCAUCCGCAAGGAAAACCCCAUCGUGGUAGCUGAGAAGAUUCAGAAGUUAUGAGGACUGUUGGCUUAAAUGAGCAAAAAUAGUUUGACCUGCAAGUUUUGGAACCAUGGCGCUGAAUAACACCAUUCUAAACUGGGUUCAUUUCUUCAUUGUAGGAUAAGGUGGGUGGGGUUGUAGGGUAGAGCCCCUGCUUGGCCAGUCCCUAAAUGAUCAUCUCCCUGUCUCUCCCAGAAGGGGCGGUGUAGAGGUGUGUGUGUGUGUGUGUGUGUGUGUGAGAAUGAAUGUGUGACAUGUUGAGAGAUGUUGUUGUUUUUUUCUUUUCUUUUUCUAGAGAGCCAGGGAGAAAAGGGAUUGGUUUUCAGGUGGGGAUCCAUGUGCACCGGGGGGAGAGUGGACUCUUUUGUUUUUACCCUGGCAUUGACUUUUGUUAGGAUAUUAUUAUAACAUAAUUUUUUAUAGGAUCCCUAAAAUGUGGGUUGAGCAGUCUAAUUGGAAGUGCUGGGACAUCGAGAGAGAAUUUCUCUGAUAUUGCAAAAGGUUGAAGAAUAUAGAUUUUAAUGACUACUCUCACAUUUACCCAUGUAAAAUUAUUUUACUGUUAUUCUUUUUUUUUCUUUGUUCUGAUUAAUUAUCCCGACAUGUCAAAUCCCAGGCUGUGCAUUUAAGAAAUAUUUUCUCUUUUAUAUAUUGACUUAUCAUGCUAAUGUUGGGUGCAUGAAUAGUUAUCGGAUGGGGUUUGAAGGGGGGCGGGGUGGGGCGUAGCAGGAGCCUUGAGAUAAGCGAGUGACUGAGUUUUUUUCCCUUCUUUUUCUGUUUUAAUGAGUGUAUGGCAUCAGAAGAUCUAUAUUAAUAUAUUGUAUGUAGCUUGAAUUGUGUGAUUGCAUUCUAUUUAUUUUGUAUUAUCAUUUGGUUGGUUGGUACUGGAGGAUUGGAAGCAUGUGUCCAAAAAAAAAUCUUGUUAAAAAUCCAGUAGGUAAUCCCUUAAUAAUAUUUCUUUCUUAUUUGCGUAUGCAUUUUUAAGAAUUAUAGGUCCUCGUGGAGGAAAGUCAGACGUGAUUGGACUUUUCAAAAUCAAAGCACAAGAUCAUUCUUUAGUUUAUUCGCACAAACACAAAAAAAAAAUGCAGUUCCUAUAGGAUCCUCGGUUCUGCAUUGAAGCUACCAGCAACUUUUUGGAUGUAUCCAAUUAUUGCUAAUGCACGCCAGCGAUGAACCAUUGUGACCUUUGCUCUCAGAGUCGCCAAGCUUUGAGAGCAAAGUAUUCGUUAACCACCAGCAGACCAAUGAAUGAUGCUAAUGGAACCGGCUACUAAUUUGUUUAUUAGGCAAUGCCUCUCCGGUCCAAAAAACAUGGACCUACAAUUAAUACCGAUGUGCUUAGGAUGUCAUAGUGGAAGAUGCACACUUCCCCAACUGAAGCAUUGCAUGCUCACAGAAAUACUAGGCCAAAUGCAGAGUUUGCUACAGCCACAUAUUACAUUGCAACACGAAUGUGAAACACAACGUCCCAGUGCAUGGGCGAAUGGAGCCUGCUUUUCAAAUCAGCAGGAUUCUUCUGUUCUCUAAUGUAAAUAUUACAUGGCUGCCAUUCUAAAAUAGAAUGAUUAAGAACUUAGAGCAGGAAAGGUUCAGCAGGAAAAUAAAAAAACGUCUGUUUUGUGCUUAUGUAGUGUUUAUUAAGUACCCAUAUGUAAGGAGAAAGGUGUGAUGUGGUGUUCUCUGUCAUCCUUUGAGUGAAUCCUCUGUCUUUGUGCUGGUUGUUUUUUUUUUUUUUUUGAAAGGGCUUAAAUGUCCAUUUUGUAUUUAUUCUUAAUGUUGUCCAGCAUCUUCCCUCAUAAUGUCUCUUGGUGUGCACAUUUUUCCAUGAUUUAUAUGCAGUCCCUUGAUUUACAAGACUUGUCGAAAGCAACAUGGUGGAUGUAUCCGAUUAGAAGUUCUGGUAAUGACCUUGCUGCUUUAUUAAGGAAAUGACUUCUCCUCAGUGGGGCUGCCAGCUCAAGAUGGCUUUUGUGAAAGCAGGUAUAAGUGGCUCAGUGAGCUGGCAUCCUGACAGCUUUUUAAAGAGGGUUUAGUAGGGUUUGAGUGUUAGGGAUACAGAUGGGUGAAGGCCAUGUCAGUGUAUGGGAGUGCUAGACUCCUCUUCCUGGUGAGAUUCUUGUUGUGUGGUUGGCACAAAACUGUGAAUGUAGUCAACCGCUUGACUCUGAAGCUCUAGUGGGUUGAAAGCCAGCUGGUCACCUCAAAUGUUGCCUUCAGUGUCUUAUCAGUCAGUGUCUGGCACUGUAUGCCAGUUCAGUAUCUUUUCUAUGCUAGCAAUGAUUAAUCGUCGAAAUUGCAUGUUAUUGAGCAAAAUAGAGAAGUGAUUUCUUCCUUAAAUGUAACUGAUGAAGAUUGGCCUUGAUUUUAGUGAUGGUCUUGAGAUUUGUAUUUCUCCCAGUAGUUAAUAAGAACAUUUGGAUGGGUGUUGUGAGUUUCAGCUCAGCCCCGUUCAGCAGUACGUUAACCAGCAUUCAUGAAUUCAUUUACCAGCGUGCCCAGUCCCCCAGAGACACCACCAGAUACCUUUUUGUUUUCUUUUUAAAUUUAGGACUGUAUGAUGUGUAUGAGUAAGUAUAAAACCAAUAAAAUCACAAAGUUUAUUUUAAAUUUACACAA